CGAGGAUCUGAAGGAAAUGCUCUUGUAUUGAAGAAAGAAAUCACAUCCAAGAUGGAAGGGUGAUUUUGCACACCUGCCAGAGGAGAAAGUGAAUUCCGUAGAGGACUCCAAUGCAAUCGUCUUCUCGGGGUGAGUGCGUUCUUGCCCAAUGCUACGUAGUAGGGAUAGGUCCGAGUAGAGAUGUUGUUGGUAGAUUUUCUGAAAGGGGAAGAUGACGAAAUCUGGCGGUUUUUGAAAAUAAGGGAUUUCCUCCCAAAUCGAUAAAAUUUGAUAAAAGAUUAAAAUUAAAAAUUAAAAAUAUAAAUUAAAGUGAAAUAAAAUUGCUCAAACCUUGUCGCGGAGUUAUAACUCAAAGUUGUUAUUGAAAAGCCCAAAUGAGAGUAUAGGAGGCCCGGUUGGCGCGGAUCCAAUUAUGGACUUCCUUAAAUGGAACACACAGUUUCAUUUAGACAGGGAAAGGGUCAUUAAUAACCUUCCGUGAAACACUCACAUAACAACAUUUUUAAAAUGGAGAAAAUUGGAGAUAUGAAUCUCCAUCAUAAAUUUUAUAGACAUAUUUGAUGUUGGAUCUACAGAGGUCCAAGAGAGCUUGGUUGUGCUCAUGUAAUUUCAGUUGCUGCUAAUAAAAUUAUAUAGGGGAUUAUAAAUAAAUUAAAAAAUAUACCCAAAAUUACACUGCGAAGGAAUGCCUCAUGAACUGAAAAUCAGUUUUGUUCGGUUAUAAUCUGAAUCGAUUUUCAUUUAACUGUUUAAUUAAAAAAAUUGCUUAACGCAAGCCGUACCGUUUAUAUUUUUUGGUUUACCGAAACCACGUAAUCAGUUCUCGGUUAUUUUGUCAGUUAAUCAGAUGAACUUUAAAUUAGUACUUCGAUAAGGUUAUGUUUUAAGUAAACCGAAUUAAUAACAGAACUGAGGGUCACCUUCAUUUUUUUCAUUAUUUAAUCUUAUUAUUAUUUUUGCUAAACACAUAUUAGCUUUUUUUACAUUUAAAAAACAUAUUAGUUUUUCUGAAAUAUCAUUAACUAAUAAAAUUUAAUAUUUUUUAAAAAUGUUCAAUAAUUUUAAUUAAUCUUAUCAUGUCACUUAUUUUUGUUCUUUUCUUUUGCAUUUUCAGCCAAUUCCCCUUAUCUCUCCGCUUGUUUACUCCCACCCACCAGUGACACCAACACCAUUUGGAACUUUCUUUCUUCUCUAUCUCCUCUGUCCUUUCCCAUCUCGAGACUCCCACCAAGAUGAGCAACAUACAAAUUUGCAUGUAUAUUCUUCACUCUUAAAUCUCAAACUUAAAAAACGGUCACUUUCCAUCCCCUUUCGCUCCAUCCUCUUCGAUCGAGAGAGCAAGAUAUACUCUGUUUUUUUUUAAUAUCAACUUUGUUCUUUUUUUCUUGUGGCGAUAAGAGGAAGAAAAAGCGGCUGGGUUGGUGACUAUCGAUUCACAGGACCAUCGAUUCACGGCGGAGGAGGGCGAUAGAAACAACGGACAGCGUUAGUGACCCUCGAUUCACGGCGGCAGAGGGGUGGUAGAACUUCCGACGAAAUCCCUAAAGCUCCUGGAGUACUGCUCCCAUGCUUGUCGCUUGUUUUUGGUCGGAGUCGCAAGAGGAAUUGGUGGAUAAUAACACGGCGGCUGGUUUACAACAACUCUCUGCUGGGAUGAAGUGAGUGGCAGAGACGAUUUGAUGGCCAGAGUCGAAGGUAGAAGAAGAUUUGAUUGUCGAAGUGAGAAGGAAUUGCAGAUUGAAGAGGAAGGCGAAUGGGUUUCUUUGUUUGGUGAGCGACGGAGAGACGAUGGAGAUAGGGGUGAGUUUUGAAUUUUGAUUAAAUUGCAAAUUCUGUGGAAAAGGGAAAAUCCAAGAAUAGGCCCAGAUGAUGUCCGAAGGCAUUCCGUUUAGCCCAUGUAUGAUAAAAAGUAAAAACAAUUGGGCUCAGUAAAACAAAAACGCAGCACUUCAAUUAAAUGUGCAGAACCGUGAAAUGUCUAAUCUGCCCUUCCGUGAAGCUUUCAGGAGCCAGAGUUUUUGAAUCCCUGCAAAGACAACCCAUGAAUCUGCUUCAUAAAUUUUAUAGAUAUGCGCCAUUUUGGUGACCACAAACCGCCACAAACUUGGGGGAUGAAAUAUCCAAUGUCUGCUGAAAAGUAUUCAAUAACUUGAGCCGCGUAUUUGGCUCCCAUUAAACCAUUUUUUCUUAUAUUGAUGAUGUUCCAAUUCUUGAUGGACAGACAACUAAUUGAUUACAUAUACCUGUACGUGUUUUGGAGUCGUUUGGAAGUUGGGAGUCUAUAAAUAUGUGUAUUCUUACAAUGUAUGUAUUCUAAGUGUAGUGAUUGUAAGAAAUAGAUGAUUGUAAGAAUAUGUUGUUUGUUAGUUGUGAUUCUCACUUUUAAAGAAUAUAAGGAUUCUCACUUUAAUGACCAAAAAGACUUAUAUAACCUUAAAGUUCUCUUUAUAUAGUCAAUUAAAGAAGGGGCAAAUAUGAAAUAUAUAUAUAAAAAAAUAAGGAUAAGAGGUGCAAAAAAGCAAUUACAAAAGUAAAGCAAGAGAAUCUCACCUUUUUGUAGAGAUUCUAAAAUGAAUGAUUCUAGCCAGUUGAGAUUCUAAAGUACCAAUCAAAUGCAUGCAUUCUAGAUAAGUUUAUGUCAAAAGAACGAUAGAUUGUAAAGAAUACACACAUUCACAGAAUCACUCAUUUAGACUCCUAACUUCCAAACGACCCCUUUAUUUCUCAAAACGACCACGUCACUCCCAAAUAAGACUUUGCACUCCAAACAAGUAAUAUCCUCCUUGCUCCGACCCUCUUCGUCACUGUGAAUCAUAAAAUUGAAAGAGACAACGAAUGCAUUGAAAAUACAUAUUUAAUAGUAUAGACAAUGAAUGUAUUUUGCCUUUCUUUCGGAAUAAGAAAAUGCAUUAUAGUUAUUUAUGAACACUUUAGUUGUAGUUAUUUAUGAAAAUGCAUUGUAGAUAUUUGGAACAAAUUAUUUGGAUAUUAUUAAUUUUAAUUAUAUUUAUUAAAUAAAUCUACAAAUACAUCAUCUUUGUUCGACAAUUGAACUUAUGAGUAAAAUAAUAUUUAGAAACUCACCCUAGAAUAAAAGUGAUCGUAGUGAUGACAAUGGGGCGGGGUGGGUACCUCAAUUCACAUGCCCCGCCCCACGCUACUACGAGGCGGGGCGGGUAAAACUCGCGCGGGUACGGAGCGGGGCGGGUCGACCCACUCUUACAUGUUAUUCGAAAAAAAUACAAAUAAAAUUUACCUUUUACGAUAAAACGAAGGGAAAAACACUUUAAGAAUGAAAAAUAGUGAUAAUAGAAUGGGUAAUUGAGUCUAACAAGUUGAAAGAGCGACUCUAACUAGUUGAAGAAAAGUCAAAUAGGAGAAAUAUGUAUAGAAAUUGUAAGAAAUUGAGUCUAGAAUGGGGGCGGGGCGGAGCAGGGCGGGUCGGAAGUAGAUACUCAUGCCCCGCCCCACGCUACUGCGGAUCGAGUAAUACCCGCUCCAUCGCGGGUCAGGACAUGUUGAAAUUGCCAUCACUACGUAGUAUGUUUAUUCUACCCUAACUUUCUCCACACGAUUCCAAGUUUCCAACAAUACUUUUACAAUCUUAUAUACUUUUUCCACAGCCACAUGCAUAACAAAUAGCUUGCAAAUACACAUAGACAAAUCCCAUUUAGAUUUUUUUUUUUUUUUUUCAAAAUCCAAAAUUAGCCCUUCACGUCAGUAGACCGUUUCUUUCCCUUCCAAUAUUGCCACGUCAAACACUCUUACUGUUUUGACUCGUGUGUAUUGGAAUGUUCAAUGAGAGUUCUUUCUUUCUCGAGUAGAAAACCAAAACAAACACACACACCUUUACUCAAAGAAGAGAGAAACCAUAUUUUGGGCUUCCCAUUUCGCUUGACUAUGGAGCUCCAGGCCAUUUUGUUGCUUCUUCACCUAAUCAUAACCCUUCCUUUCAGUUCUUCAUCUACAGACACCAUAACUUUCAACCAAUCUCUUGCAGAUGGUCAAGUGCUGGUCUCCAAUGGAGAAAGGCACACUCUGGGUUUCUUCAGCCCCAGGAACUCAACCAAUCGCUACCUUGGAAUCUGGUUCACCAAACUUCCCGACCAAAUCGUCGUCUGGGUCGCCAAUCGAGACAAUCCGAUCAACGACACUUCCGGAUUGCUCUCCAUCGACGCCCGAGGAGGGGGCGUUGUUUUGCAUCAGGGAAGCAGAACCACUGGUACUGCUCCCCUGUGGUCCACGAAUGUCUCCGCGGGAGGAAAUCCAAUGACGGCUCGACUACUAGACGAAGGGAAUUUCGUUCUGCUCGACGAUCACGAGACGGUUCUGUGGCAGAGCUUCGAUUAUCCGACGGACACGGUCCUGCCCAAUAUGGCGCGCAAGACAGGGCCGGAACACGCGGUCCGGUCCUGGAAGUCCCCUGAAGAUCCUGCGACAGGGGAUUGUUACUACGUCUUCGACCCGAGGGGUUCGCCCGAGCUGAUUCUGUACAAAGGUCGGACCAAAUGGUGGCGGAGCGGACCGUGGAACGGAAUCGCGUGGUCCGGGAUACCCGAGAUGGCUCGGAUCACCUUCUUCAACGCCACCGUGGUGAUCGACAAGAGCGAUUCCACUUUCGCCUGGGGACUUCUGAAUCCCGACAUGAUUGUCCGGGUCUAUUUGGAUCAGACCGGGACAUUGAACCGGGUCGUAUGGCAGGAGAAAGUCGGGCGGUGGAACUUGAUCACGUACUAUCCCAAGGAGCAAUGUGACAACUACGGAAUUUGCGGGCCGAAUGGGAACUGCGACCCUUACAGAGUUGCAGGGGACUUCCUCUGCACCUGUCUCCCGGGUUUCGAGCCGAGGUUCCCUAGCGAGUGGAACCAAAGAGAUGCAUCGGGAGGGUGCGUCAGGAAGCGAGCAGGGAAUCUGAGUUGUGCUGGUGGUGAUGGGUUUGUGAAACUGGAGAAUGCUAAAGUUCCCGAUACGAAGACGGCGCGAUUGGACGAAGGUAUGGAUUUGAAAAUGUGCAGGCAGGAGUGCUUGAGGAACUGUUCGUGUACGGCUUACGCGAGCUCCGAUUUGACGACUGGAGUCGGGUGCGUUAUGUUGUACGGGGACUUGAUGGAUACUAGAGUGUUUGCUGGUGAUGGACAGGACUUGUACGUGCGAGUGGACGCAACAGAAUUUGAGGAAUACAUGAAACGGUUGAGAGGAGAGAAGCGGGAGAAGGUAUCUUUGGGAAUCGUAUUGACGACCUCUCUGGGUGCGGCCAUCAUUUUGGGGGUUUCGAUUUUGUGCUGCCUUCUGAAAAUGAAAAGAAAAGGAAGUAGAGGAGGCACUGCUCAGACUCUUCCUAGAGCAAACUCUGAUUCUCAAAGGGAAAAAUUAUACGAAGAAGAAGAUUCAUCUGUGCCGAUUUUUGACGUAAUUGACAUAUUUGAUGCCACCGAAAAUUUCUCUUCCGCCAACAAGCUUGGACAUGGUGGUUUUGGCACAGUUUAUAAGGGCGUGCUACCCGACGGUCAAGAAAUAGCUGUGAAGAGGUUGUCUCUGACUUCAAGACAAGGAAUUCAAGAAUUCAAGAAUGAAGUACGGCUAGUCUCCAAACUCCAACAUAAAAAUCUAACAAGACUGUUUGGCUGUUGUAUUCAUGAAGAUGAAAAGAUGUUGAUCUAUGAGUACCUACCAAACCGAAGUCUCGACUUCUUCAUCUUUGAUAAAACGAAAGGGGAUCUAAAAGCAAGCAAUGUUCUACUAGACGUUGCAAUGAACCCUAAAAUUUCAGAUUUUGGGUUGGCCAAGUUAUUCGGAGAGGAUCAAACAGAGGGCAAUACAAACAGAGUUGUCGGAACCUACGGAUACAUGUCACCUGAGUAUGCAAUGGAAGGUCUUUAUUCAACGAAAUCAGAUGCUUUCAGCUUUGGGGUUUUGUCACUCGAGAUCAUGAGUGGCAAGAGGAGCAACCAAUGUCACCAAAAAAGUCCAUCAAUAAGCUUGAUUGCUCAUGUGUGGGAGUUGUGGAAAGAAGGAAGAGCAUUGGACAUAGUGGAUUCAUCAACAAUGGGAGGACUAGAUAGUGGGGAUGAAGUUAUGAUGAGGUGCAUUCAAAUUGGUCUUUUAUGCGUCCAAGAAUCUCCCGAUGAUCGACCUACCAUGUCAAAUGUCGUCUUCAUGUUGGAGAAUGCAACCACCCUUCCAUCUCCCAAGAAGCCGGCAUUCAUACUCCAAGGAAAAUACUAUGAUAUGGACACCAUCACCACUGGAUCAUCAACGACCCCUUCAACAAAUCGCGUGACACUAUCUACUUUGAUAGCUCACACCAUAAGUAUCAACCAAUCUCUUGCAGACGGUCAAGUGCUGGUCUCUAAUGGAGAAAGGCACACUCUGGGCUUCUUCAGCCCCGGGAACUCAACAAAUCGCUACCUCGGAAUCUGGUUCACCAAACUACCAGAACAAAUCGUCGUCUGGGUCGCCAAUCGAGACAAUCCGAUCAACGACACUUCCGGAUUGCUCUCGAUUGACGCCCGAGGCGGCAUGCUCUUGCACAGCAAGAGCACUACUACUCUGUUUUGGUCUACAAAUGUCUCCGUCCUAGGAACCCCAUUUGCUCGACUACAAGACGAAGGAAAUUUCGUCCUGCUUCGGCAGGAUGGUGCUGAUGAGACGGUUCUGUGGCAGAGCUUCGAUUAUCCGACGGACACGGUCUUGCCCAACAUGGUGCGCAAGACGGGACCGGACCACGCGGUCCGGUCCUGGAAGUCGAGUAACGAUCCCGCGACAGGGGAUUGUUACUACGUCCUAGACCCGAGGGGUUCGCCCGAGCUGAUUCUGUACAGAGGCCGGGCCAAAUUGUGGCGGAGCGGACCGUGGAACGGAAUCGCGUGGUCGGGGAUUCCUGAGAUGGCUCGGAUUACGUUCUUCAACGCCACCGUGGUGAUCGACGGAAGCGACACGACUUUCGUUUGGGGGCUUCGGAAUCCUGACAUGAUCGCGCGAUUCUAUCUGGAUCCGACGGGGACGUUGAACCGGGCGGUGUGGCAGGAUAAAGUCGGGAGGUGGAACUUGAUCGCGUACUAUCCCAAGGAGCAAUGUGAUUACUAUGGAAACUGCGGGCCGAAUGGGAACUGCGACCCUUACAGAGUUGCAGGGGACUUCCCCUGCACCUGUCUCCCCAGUUUCGAGCCGAGGUUUCCGAACGACUGGUACUUGAGAGAUGGCUCGGGAGGGUGCGUCAGGAAGCGAACAGGGAACCUGAGUUGUGGUGGCGAUGGGUUUGUGAAACUGGAAAAUGCGAAAGUUCCUGAUACAACAAUGGCACAAUUGAAUGUAGAUAUGGAUUUGGAUGUGUGCGGAGAAGAGUGCUUGAAGAACUGUUCUUGUACGGCUUAUGCGAGCUCCAAUCUGGCGAGUGGAGUCGGGUGUGUUACUUUGUACGGGGAUUUGGUGGAUACGAGAGUGUUUGCAGGCGAUGGGCAGGACUUGUAUGUGCGAGUGGACGCAACAGAAUUAGCGGAGUACAUGAAACGGUUGAAAGGAGACAAGCGGAAGAAGGUGUCUUUAGAGAUCGUAUUGACCUCUGUGGGUGCGGCCAUUGUUUUGGGGGUUUCAAUGGUGUGCUGCCUCAUGAAAAGGAAAAGAAAAGGAAGCAGAGGAGGCAUUGCUCAUACUAUUCUGAGAACAAACUCUGAUUCUCAAAGAGAAAUUUUGUACGAAGAAAAAGAUUCAUCGGUACCAAUUUUUGACGUAAAUGACAUAUUUGAUGCCACGGGGAAUUUCUCUUUGGGUAACAAGCUUGGGCAGGGUGGUUUUGGCUCUGUUUAUAAGGGUGUCUUAUUCGAUGGCCAAGAAAUAGCAGUGAAAAGAUUAUCUCAGACUUCAAGACAAGGAAUCGAGGAAUUCAAGAACGAAGUACGCCUAGUCUCCAAACUCCAACACAAAAAUCUAGCAAGACUAUUUGGUUGUUGUAUUCAUGGAGAUGAGAAGAUGUUGGUCUAUGAGUAUCUACAAAAUAGAAGUCUCGACUUUUUCAUCUUUGAUAAAACUCAAGGAUUACAAUUGGACUGGCCGAGACGAUUUGAAAUCAUCAUUGGCAUUGCUCGAGGUCUAUUAUAUCUACACCAAGAUUCAAGGCUGAAAAUUAUUCACAGGGAUCUAAAAGCAAGCAAUGUUCUACUAGACGCUGCAAUGAACCCUAAAAUUUCAGAUUUUGGGUUGGCUAGGUUAUUCGGAGAGGAUCAAACAGAGGCCAAUACAAAUAGAGUAGUUGGAACCUACGGGUACAUGUCGCCAGAGUAUGCAAUGGGAGGUCUUUAUUCAACAAAAUCGGAUGCUUUCAGCUUUGGAGUCCUGACACUCGAGGUCUUGAGUGGCAGGAGGAGCAACCAGUGUCACCAAGAAAGUCCUUCAAUUAGCUUGAUUGCUCAUGUGUGGGAGUUGUGGAAAGAAGGAAGAGCAAUGGAUAUAGUGGAUUCAUCAACAUUGGGAGGAUCAGACUCUACAGGUCAAGUCAUGACGAGGUGCAUCCAAAUAGGGCUUUUAUGCGUUCAAGAAUCUCCUGUAGAUCGACCGACCAUGUCAGAUGUCGUCUUCAUGUUGGGCAAUGCAACCACCCUGCCAUCUCCCAAGAAGCCAGCAUUCAUACUCCAAGGAAAGUACGAUGAUAUGGACACCAUCGCCACUGGAUCAUCAGCAAUCCCUUCAACAAACCGUGUGACACUAUCCACUUUGGUACCUCGGUGACACAUAUGAUGCUCCUGAAUCAACCGAUGUAUCGAAGAAACAAAUUUGAUCACA